AUGUGUGAUUUUUCUGCUGUACAAAGAAGUUCUUCCAAGAGACAGAAUACUGGUGAUGAUUGUGGCCUGGGAUCGAUCCAGAUCAAGAGACAUGAUUCAGAAAAGGGUUCUAGCGACCUUGGAACAUUGCAAUUCAAUGGAAUUUCAGCUGGAGAACUUUGCGAUCGUUUGAGGUCGCACCUUUCAACCCCACUGCCUGCGUGCGAUCAAAUGUUUCCGUGGCUACACAGUUAUUCGACAUCGGCACCGCCUAGCUUUCCGAGUGCCGUUUCCAUUGUACGUUCACAGCCAAUGUGUGAAGGCUGGAUUCAAAAUUCUGGUAUUCUACGGUGCUCAAUGGAUCCUCACGACUUCCUGAUGAAUUGGAGUGCUGAAAAAGCUCAGCCGUUCCAUCACUCGGAUAGGGCCGCAGCAGAGCUCAUCUUGAAGAACGUGAUAAGGGAAGAACUCUCAAAGGUGAAUGAGUCAGUAGUAGAGCAAGAUCUGAAUGAUGUGGUUCGCUUAUGUUCUCAGUAUGGCGUUUUGCCCUUUCUGAUGACAGACGCACUCACUAGGCAGACCUACGCUCUGAAAAAAAGACCUGAGGUAUCAAACAGUCGCGAUGUGGCUGUUAUUCAUGCGCCGAAGCAGCCUGGCUCUUUCAGAAGAUUUGAUAUUCAACCAUCGAAGAUGGUCGAAAUGUCACCAAUCAUAGUUGUGUACUGCUUUGUCGCGCAAGAUUGCCAUGAUUUUACCAAGCAUCCAUGUCAGAGAUGCUACCAGCUGGCUAAAGUCUUGAACAUUGCUCUGAAGUUGGUUCGGAGGAAUUAUCCUGCGGCACAGUUGGCUAGCACGGAAAUCAGGAUUUUACAGUACUCAUCACUUGAAGAGAUUCCAAAGUCGCUAAUAGGCACGGUGCCCAUGAAGUCGUCAACUUUGAAGAAACAUGCUCCAGAGCAACUCGUAUCGCAUUUCGAUGUCGUAUCUUUUAACAACUGGGAUAGGGACCUGCUCUACCGUGAGAAGCUGGAGAUGUCAAAAAUGUCUUCUGCCUCGCACGUUGGAAGCUCUGUGUGGUGCGGGAACUCUACUGACUACCAGGUUUAUAAGCUGCUAAAGAAAUGUCGAAAGGCCAAUAGCAUGACCAUCCGUGGGCAACCGUCUUCCUCCUUCGAGAGUGGCUCGAUCGUGAAGUUGGACAAUCUAAAAUUCAAUCCUGAUAAGCUGGAUCUUAUCGACUCGAAAUUUUUUGACAUACCUGAACCAGAGAGGAACUGGAGUUUGAUGAUAAGGUGCGUAGAAAGUGUAGGCCUGCCGUCAUUAGAGAAAUUGUGGGAGUGUUUUUUAAACGUCUCCCAAAGCGACAGCACAAAUCCGGCAGAGAUUAGCUUUCCCAGCUCCGGUACUAUAACACUCGGUUCUCUUAAUAUCAAUCUGGUUAAAAUCAUUCUCAACACCUGCUACAUCAUCCAUCGAGUGUCUAUGCUAAAAAGUAGCGAAAUUUUAAUGUACUGUUCAGAUGGCUACACAGAGACUGCCUUUCUAUUAGUGUCUUACCUGAUAUUCUUCUGGGAUUUGCCUUUGGAGGAAGUUUUAAUAAGACUGCAUUGCGAAUAUCAACGUCCAUUUUUUUUAUUCCAUAUGGAUUUACAGGUAUUGGGACAUUUACAAACUUUGCUGAGAACUUUCAGCCCUAAGAGAAAAGAGAACCUUCCUUACUACGAAACAAGUGCCGACAAGGGCUUCGAACCACUUGAUAUAACUCCGGAGAUGUUCAGCAAAAUCUUCCUUUUCAGAAUACCGCCUGGCUCUGAUUUUUCUAACCUUAAGGGACCUCUUCCGUCGCGGAUUCUGCCGCACAUGUAUCUGGGAUCUCUAGAACAUGCUCAUUCUCCUGAUUUGUUGAAGAAACUUGGCAUCAAUUAUAUCGUUUCCGUCGGGGAACACCUUUCCUGGGCCGAGAGCACUAAUUCAAGAAGUAGGGCGUCAUCUUCACCAAUACUAGCAUCGACAUCAGCAUCAAAAGUGACGGGUGGCUAUCAAGCACGCCCCCGUGGAUAUACAGUUGAAACUCAAACUAAAGCCAGCCUGCACGAUCAUAGCGACAGCUCAUUCGAUAUUUUCGAGAAGGACGACUUCAAGAUUUUGAGAAUUAUGAACCUAGGCGAUAAUGGUAAAGAUACUCUCACUCAUCAGUUGGAACAUGUUUUAUCCUUUAUUGAUGAUUGCUAUAGAGCAAACGGUAAAGUUUUGGUGCAUUGCAUGGUCGGGGUGUCGAGAUCGGCCACAGUUUGCAUAGCGGAAUGCAUGAAGCGUUUACGGUGUGACGUUUUGAGGGCUUACUUGUUUGUGAGAGUCAGACGGCUGAAUGUCAUUAUUCAGCCCAAUCUUAUGUUCAUGUAUGAAUUACUGAAGUGGCAGGAACAACAAUUGCAUCAAAGGGAGAUUGAUUGGCACAUUCUCUGUAGGUCGAUAUCGGAGCUGAAUACGAACUAUAUCUGA